CUUUCAACCUGCUGGAGGCGUGUCUUUAACUUCUCGAUGUAACCUUACACGCCCAAUCAGCUGGUUCCUCAAGUUCGUCCAGUGCAGUUAACAGGCAAAACUUUCUCGCAUUUGCCUCCCAAGACAAAUCGAGGUACGGUCAGCGACGGUUAACUUGCGGGUGUUUUCCUUUAUCUUCUCGCUCAGACCUGGGGAGGGUAGCGCGGGUCAGCCAUGUCUUUGGCUGAUCAAAGUCAACAAUGGUUCCCAACGAGCGCCCAGGUAACGGUGCUCCAGGCCAGAGGACUCAGGAUAAAGGGAAAAAAUGGCACCAACGACGCGUAUGCCAUCAUGCAAGUCGCGAAAGACAAGUUUUCCACCGAGGUGGCCGAGAAGAGUGUGGCGCCAAUGUGGAAGGAGCAGGCCAGCUUCGACCUGCCUCCAGCCCACCAAGGAAACGCCGAGCGCGGCACGUUACGCGUUCACGUGAUGCACCGGGCGCUUGUUGGUCCAGACAAGCCGCUGGGGCAAGCUGUUGUCAGUCUGUUGGAUCUCCAUGAAGUGAAAUCCAGAAACAAGACAGAGUGGUUCAAGCUUGUGGACAAAGGCGGCAAGGCGGACAAGGAGCGAGGGGAGGUGCUGCUGGACAUCCAGUUCAUGAGGAACAACAUGACCGCCAGCAUGUUCGACCUCUCCGGCAUGGACAAGUCCAGGUCCCGCCUGGGGAAGAUCAAGGACAAGCUGCGGGGCAAGAAGAAGGACGGCAGCGGCCUUGACUCGGUGUCGGCCAUCGUGCCGUCGUCGUUCAGCCAGGUGCUGACUGACAGCGAGGAGGAGGUGGAGGAGGAGGAGGAGGGCGCAGCGGGCGUUGAGGGGGCUGUGGGGGCCACCAAGGAGAAGAGCGGCAAGAAGAAACUCAAGCUGAAGUCGUUGUUCUCGCACAAGUCCACCCUGAAGAAGAACAUGUCCCAGUCCAUGUCGUUCCUGGGCCCUCUGCCUGAGAGGAACCAGACGCUGUCUGGCAGCCGGUCCUCUGGACUCAACGUGGAGCCCUCAGAAGGUAAGAAGAAGUUCAAGUUUGGGCUCCACAAGCGUUCCGGAAGCAACGACAGUAAAUCCUCCAAGGCCUCCGCCUCGGUGGCGGACCCGGCCCAGCAUGGCGGUCCCGAUGCCCCCAGGCCCGGCGGCCAUGUGUACACGGAGGAGCCCACGGCCCGGGCAGGCUCCCGGGCCAGCUCCACCUUCAGCCUGUCCAGCUCCGGCCGGGGCUCCAUGGAGGACCUCCACCGGGGCUCCGUGGAGGGGUCGUUCAGCUCCUACGAUUCCCUCAGGGUCCCCCGGCCGCAGUCCUCCCCCUGGCUGAGCACCAAGGCAGCCGAGGAGGGAGAGGUGGAGGAGGAGGAGGAGGAGGAGGAGGAGGUGGAUGUGAGUGAAUACGAGCAAAGGAGAGGGAAGCAGGAAGAGGAAAAGGCCAGACAGGAGGAACAGAUGAGGAUAGAGAGGAGGAGAGAAGAGGAGGAGCAGAGGAAACGUCUGGAUGAAGAGAGGAUGAGACGAGAGGAAUUGGAAAAGGGGGAGAUUGAAGAACAACAGCGUAAAUAUCAAAGAGAUGAGGAGGAUAGAAUGAGGAGGGAGAGGGAGGAAGAGGAGCGGUGUAGGAGAGAAGAGGUGAAAAGAAGAGAGUUGGAAGAGGAGAGAGAAAGAACAAAGAGGAUGGAGGAGGAGGAAAAGUUUAGGAUGAAAGAGGAAAUGGUCAGAAUAGAGAAAGAAAGAGCAGAGAGAGAAGAGAAGGAACGACGGGAAGAGGAACGGACCAGGUUGGAGAAAGAGGAAGAAGAGAAAAUGAAGAGGGAAUGGGAGGAAAAGCAAGAACGGAUUAGAAUAGAGAAAGAGAAGGAAAGGUUAGAAGAGGAAUACGAGAGAGAAAGGGUGAGGUUGGAGAAGGUGAAGGAGGAGGAGGAGGAGAGAAGAGUUAGGGAGGAGGAGGAGGAGGAGGAGGAGAGAAGGGUUAGGGAGGAGGAGGAGGAGGAGGAGGAGAAGAUGACCAUGUUACAGGAGAGAGAAGAGAGACGACUGAGAGAAAAGGAAUUGGAGGAUGAAAGAUUUAGGAUGGAGAAGGAGGAGAGAAGGGUAAGGGAGGAGGAGGAGGAAAGGUUGAGUGAGAUGCAGGAGAGAGAAGAGAGAAAACUGAGAGAAAAGGAACAAGAGGAAGAAAGAUUUAGGAUGAGGGAGGAGGAGGAGAGAAGGGUUAGGGAGGAGGAGGAGGAGAGAAAGGUUAGGGAGGAGGAGGCGAGGAUGAGUGAGAUGCAGGAGAUAAGACUGAGAGAAAGGAGUCUAGACGAAGAAAGAUUUAGGAUGGAGAAAGAGAGAGGGGAGGAGGAGAGAAGGGUAAGGGAGGAGGAGGAGGAGCGGAUGAGUGACAUGCAGGAGAAAGAAGAGAGAAGAGUGAGAGAAAGGGAACUAGUGGAAGAAAGAUUUAGGAUGGAGAAGGAGAGAGAGGAGGAGGAGAGAAGAGUAGAAGAAGAAACGACUAGAAUAGAGAAAGCGAAGAAACGCCAGGAAGAGGAAAGGAUCUUGAUGGAAGGGGAGGAGAGAAGGAGGAGAGAAGUGGCAGAGGAGGAGGAGCAGGAGGUCAAAAGGCAAGAAGAACGGGAAAGAAUGAGGAGGGAGGAGAGUCUUCUUGAGGAAGAAAGGAUCAAGAGGCAAGAACAAGUCAGGCGGGAGGAGGAAGAGCGUGUGCAGGAGCAGCAGAGACGGGAGGACGAGAGGAGAGGGAGUGAAGAAGAGGGAGGCGAGCUAGAGGAAGAGUUCAUGACCAAAGAGACGGUGAAAAACACACCGUUUGGCCCCCCCUCCACCCACGACCCUUAUCUGGGUCCAAACUCUGCGUUGACUAACAAGAGCCCCGGGGGAAUAGAGUCGGCGUGUCGCAGGGUCCCCGUGCGCUCCGUCCCCACCUCCGAAGACGACGGCCCCCCAACACCUGAGGGACCCCUCGCCCGUCGGACCGCCGACGUUCCGACCGCCAGGCAAAGAAGUCAUCCAGUAAAGCCUCUCAGAGUGUGGGAGCAGCAGUCUGCCGUCUCGUCCGUCUCAGCCACUCCAGCCUCUAACACACCGUCGGAGAUCACCCGGGCCGGUCGGAACGCUGUCGCGGUGAAGGAGGAAGAGGCCAGGGGUCCAUUCUCUCAGCUCACCCGAGGAGAGCUCAUCCUGCUGCUGCAGAAGCUCCAGGGCCAGCUGACGCAGAGGGACCACAAGAUCUCGGAGCUGGAGCAGUACAUAGACAACCUGCUGGUGCGCAUCAUGGAGGAGGAGCCCGGCAUCCUGAUGUCCAUGAACGCUCUGAAGCACUGACUCGAGACAUGUCUGACUCAAGGCGUUGGUGUCUAAACUCGAUGCACGAGGCCAUAUGAUACAGCCGAUGUCUAAUCAUAAUGGCAUGAUACCAUUCAUUUUAUACACUAGAUGUCUAAUCAUGAUGUUGUGAGAGCAUUUGAUACAGUGGAUGUCAAAUCAUGACGUCAUGAAACGAUCCCUUACAGUUGAUGUCUGAUCGCCGUACAUGAUACCAUCCGAUACAAUUGUUGUCUAAUCAUGACGACAUACCAUCUGAUGGUUUGUUUAAUUAUGACAUCAUGAUACCAUCUGAAACAUUUGAUGUCUGAUCAUGACAUCAUAAAGGCAGCACUCCUAACCAUACAAGGUUGAUUGAGGUUGAGGGUAAACUAUUUCCACCGAUAUGAAGGAGAAAAUCACUUGAAAUCAAGCAAAUGUCUAGAAAUACCAUUGACUCAAUAUAAACCAAAUAUACGCUGUGUAUUAUAAGGGAUUUUUAAAGAUGAUCUAAUAAAUAAGCCUUCAUAAAUAUGCUUUUGAUUGACAACUUGAUUAUUUUUGUAUAUCCUGUGAAAUAGGCCCAUAUACCACAUUUUCAAAGAACCUUUGAAUCCUUUUAUUGUUUUUUGGUGUAAAAAUGUAUAUACACAAAUAAAGAAAUGCAUUAAAUAACAGUGUUCCUCUGGUUUAUAAUCACGUGCGUGAAUCAAAAUCUGAUUUUAUAUCAGAACUUAUUAACUGAACUUAAUGAAGUGGACUGCGAUGGGGGGGAACUCAAACAUUUACUGGUGUGUCUGGUUCUGCCUGGAUGCCCGAGGCCUUGGAGAUGGAGGUGUCUUUUUUCAAGGUAGGGACACACUUCCAGAGACUUUCAUUAUUUGGUUUGCCUACAAGAGAACCGCCAACUGUUUUUCCAGGCAGAUUCCUGGCUGUGCCCACUGGGCUGUAUUCUCGUGCAAUACAUG